AUGAUUCCUCCAAGCAGCGCCAUGGGAGACAGCGUGGAAAAGGAAUAUGAACUUGGAAACACUGAACAGCCUCACUCUCCAGCUUCCACCAGUAGCCAAGAAUCAAAGCUCCAGAAACUUAAGAAAUCACUGUCAUUCAAGACCAAGAGUGUACGAAGUAAAAGUGCUGACAACUUCUUCCAAAGACCUAAUAGUGAAAUGAAAUUCCAAGUAGAGUUGGAGCCAGAAGGUAGUCCCACCAACGCCAGCCAGAUCCAAAGCGCAGAGACUCAGCUUUCAACCCCUACCAAAGUCCUACAACCACCUGACAGCAAGGCACAUGCUUUUCAGGAGCACAUCUUUAAAAAGCCUACUUUUUGUGAUGUAUGCAACCACAUGAUUGUAGGAACUAAUACAAAACACGGCCUGCGAUGCAAAGCCUGCAAAAUGAGCAUUCACCACAAGUGUACAGAAACAAUUGGUUCACAGAGCUGCAUGGGAAAACUGCCAAAAGGUUUUCGACGCUACUACAGCUCACCUUUACUUAUACAUGAACAGUUUGGAUGCAUCAAAGAAGUAAUGCCUAUUGCUUGUGGAAACAAAGUCGAUCCUGUCUAUGAAACCCUCCGAUUUGGAACCUCUUUGGCACAGAAAAACAAGAAGAGCAGCUCUGGAAGUGGGUCCGACUCGCCCAAUAGGAACUCUACUACAGAUUUAGUGGAAGUUCCUGAAGAAGGGGAUAAUCCCUAUUUGUUGGAUAUAGGCAGACAACGUAGUGAUAGUGUUUUUAGCUACUUAGAAAAUGGCACAGAAAAUGUAAAUGAUGAACAACAGCAGAGAGGAAUCGACUCAACGAUACCACUAUUUAAAGAUGCAGUAGAUACUUUUGUUGCCUUGUACAAAUUUGUACCACAAGAAAAUGAAGACUUAGCAAUGAGAACUGGGGAUAGAAUAACUAUAUUGGACGAUUCAAAUGAAGACUGGUGGAAGGGUAAAAUCGAAGACAGAGUCGGCUUUUUCCCCGCUAAUUUUGUACAAAAGGUCCAAAGUAACGAGAGACUCUUUCGUUGUACAAGAACAUUCAUUGGGUGCAAAGAACAAGGACAGAUAACACUGAAAGAAAAUCAGAUAUGUGCCAGUUCAGAGAAGGAGAACAAUGGAUUUCUGAAAGUCAUCAGUGGGAAGAAAAGGGGAUUUGUACCCAUGGAUAUUUUGGAAACUGUGUGACUCUACAAUUUGG